AUGUGGUCACUACUGUGCUUAUUUGUCGUUGUUAGUUGUGUAGCAAGUUCGGACAAGAGUUAUAUUAAUUUUGGCAGUUUUGUCUGUCCAAGGGAAGAAAAAGCACUCGGAAAAUGUCUCCAAGAUGCCCUAAACACGUACAUUCCUCAAUUAUCAACAGGAGUACCAGAGUAUGGUGUACCGCCUUGCGAGCCGCUUAUCGUCCCCGCACUCUCCAUCCAACAGUCUUCAGGCCCUAUAUCUGUGGUCUCCAGCUACUCUGACGUCACCGUGAAAGGACCUUCAACUAUGCGCGUUAAGCAUGUAGAGGUAAACUCCAAAAAACAUCAGGUUAUAGUGAAGCUGCACAUCCCUGAGCUGAAAAUGACAGGGCAUUAUCAACUAUCAGGACAAAUUCUGAUGUUACCUAUUGAAGGAGAGGGGGAUUUUUCUGCUGUAUAUGGUGAUAUUGAUGCGAAGGUGACCAUAAUUUUGGGUCGUAAACAUCGUUUGAACAACGUCGAUGCACUGACCUGUAAACAGUUAGAUGUCAGCUUCCAUGUAGGAUACGCAUCUAUGCACCUGGACAAUUUGUUCGGCAGUGAGGGCGAACUGAGUAAUACAAUGAAUAAGUUCCUGAAUGAGAACUGGCAGAGCUUAGCUGAGGAACUCCAGGCUCCGAUGGAGGAGGCACUUAAAGAUUUCUUAAAACCACUUGCUGAUCAUGCGUUUGGUACACUGAAUGCUGAUGAUAUACUGUCUUCAUAG